AUUUUAUGUUUAAUCCACUCUUUUAUUUGUAAGUGUUCUGUACUACAAAGAAGAUAUUCUCAAAAGGAUGGUCGUUCCAAGUUAGUGUUUUGGUCGAUAUUUGCAGUUAAUCUCCCAAGAGAAGAAGCAGCAUCACAAACAAGUUGCAGCAGCUCAGCAAUCUCCAGAUCCUUUCCUGGAACCUUCAUUGCUACCUGGGGACUGGGUCUAUAUAAAGUCAUUUUCUCGAAAAACUGCUCUCCAACCUCAUUGGAAGGGACCAUUCCUGGUACUCCUUACCACUUCUUCAGCAGUUAGACUUCAAGGCUCUGCUGUGUGGAUCCAAUUGUCAUACGUUAAAAAGGUUGAACCAUCAGACUCCCAACAACCUCUUCUAUUCACUGCUCCUGCUUCUGAACCCAUUGCAUCUCACACCAGAAGUAAAACUGCCACAUCUCCAGAUGAUGCCUGAUGAUAACAAGCUCCUUUGUUCCACGGCUUCAGCACCCCCUCCUGCUACACCAGUGCAACGUGCCUUUCCUCAAUGUUACUGGAUGGCCAUUCUUAUCACCAUUCUUCUUGUACCGAUUUUCCUACUCUGGCCAUUCCUCUUCACAGCAACUACCAGCCACAUUCACAAACGAGCAGCCUGGCACCCAUCUUUUAACACAUAUCAAGCACUCAAAUAUACCUAUGCUUCCACAUUUAAUGUCUCUAAUUGCUGGAUCUGUAUGGCUAUCCCAUCUGUUCAUGGGGGAUUGUCAUUGAUGGCCUCCCCACUAAAUGUUACCGAAACAUGGACAAGCUUGCUUAAUAACACAGCUAAUAUUACAUCUGCAAAUUCAGUUGCCUUGCAACUGUCCUUUCGUCAUAAUGGCAUUUUGUGUUUUCAACGAAACUAUUCAAAAGAACAUCACUGGACUUGUAAGAUGGGCUGGAGUAAUUGUAAUCAUUCAAUUCAAGGGUAUCAAUGUACAAAUAACAGCUGUCUAAUGCCAUUUUAUCCUAUCUAUCAAAUCCUCAAGAACACUAUCUUCUCGAAUGACACCAUCAGAAGAGUGUUUUGGGCUGUCUUUCAUGGUUUUACUCCUGGAAACCCAACUCUAUCAAAUAUCACUAUCCUAGUGCAAGACUGCUAUUUCAUCUGUGGUAAAAGGGCCUACAAGUGGCUGCCAGUAAAUUGGUCUGGUAGCUGUUUCUUAGGCUAUUUAAUCCCAGCCAUUCGACAUACAACUGUAUUACCACAAGGAAAAUUUAGAAAUACUCAAAAAAUAAAAACACCCUCCAAUCCGGUGGGAAAUGUGGAUGCAUCGUGGAUUUAUCAUUAUGAUCUUGCUCAUGCAAGUAAUAAAGGACUGGCCCACAUGGAUCUUGGAGAUGAUGUCAUAUCUUGGGCAGGCAUAAUACCUGCUUAUGGGACUGUGAAAUCAAUCUGGGAAUUGAGAAAGCUUUCUAAACUCCUUGAAGUCUUAAGCAAUGCCACCUUUUCAGCUUUGGAACUAGUGACUGAUGAAAUGACUGCUAUGAGGGCUGUAGUCCUCCAAAACUGUAUGGCCCUUGAUUUUGUGCUUGCUAUAAAAGGGGGUACUUGUGCUUUAAUCCAAGAGGAGUGCUGUACUUUUAUUCCUGACAAUCAGCAUGAAAUUGAGAGCCAUCUUGAACUUAUACAAAAGGUUUCUGAACUCUCUGAAACUGAAAAAGCUGAUAGCUCUACUUGGGCUUGGCUAACAAAUCUCUUCUCUGGAUGGGGAGGAGGCCUACUUAAACUGAUUUUAAAAAUUGUAGUAUUAAUCAUUUUUAUCUUUCUAUUAUUGUUUAUAAUAAAAACUUGUGUAUUGAAGCUUAUGUCUUCCAAAACAAAUGCUAACUUUCACAUGCCUGCAAUAACUGAUGAUGUCCAAGAAAAGAGUAGUAUUAAUGAUGAAACUGAAAAGCUUAAUAGUAUGGUUAUUUUAGAAUUUGGAAAAAUGUAUAAGGAACUAAAUGAUGAUGCUUACGGAGCAUCAAAUGGGGGAUUGUAAAGAAUGAAAGAAAAUGUAAGUGCCUUAGGGAAGUUUGAGCAUGUAACAAAAUGCAUGAAUCUGAAAUAUACUGUACACAGAGAUGUGAAAGUCUGCACAUAGUGGAAAAUUACUGAGAGAAGGGACUGUCUGAAAGUAGUAAACAUGUCUAUAAAUGGAAAUGCAUCCGAUUUUCUUUUUCUGCCUAGAGAUAUAAUGACAUCACAUAACCUUAGAGCUACAGGGAAUGCCCUCAUUGGUUAACUAUGCUUCCAGUGUUCUUAUUUGUUCAGUAUUACUUUUCUAAUGAGUCAGCAUUUCAUUGUCUAUAUAAGCUACAGUUUUUGUUUGUUCUGGGAGUCACCCUGAUAUUUUUCAGAGGCUCCUACACAUGUGUAAUAAAGCUACUGAACGAGA